AUGAGUCGAAUCGAUCAAAUGAGACACAGGGAGCAGCAGGAGAGGGAGCACUCAGAGCCCAUAUCGGUCGCCGAGGAUCAGACUGAUCACGAUGCAAUCAUCAAACAAACCCAAGCCGAAAUCAUCGCUGGAACUAACGACGUCUACAACCCCAACCAAAAUAAGGAGCAAGUCAGAGGAGCCCGGAAAGUCCUACGAAGUUAUGAAGAGACAGCGAGCUCGAUGAAGGAUAACGCAACAGUCAUCACCGCCGAGGAGUUCAACAAACAGGUACUCGGAUUGGACAAUAACUUCAAAUCACACGUACGAGCACCAGCGGAAGCAACAAUUGACUCACGUGCAUUGAGAUUCCUAUCGGAGACUGCGCUCAAAAAAUCGAAACUGUUCAAGAUCGAUGUUAAUGCGAUCGACCCUGAUGAAUUCGUGCUCAGAUUUCGAAAAGUGAUGACAGCAAAAGCUCCAAUGAUCGAUCACGCCGGAAAUUCAAGCGAGGAAGAUGAGGGAGUGGCCGAUGGUAUCGAUUGGUUCAAAGUUGGAAAGAGGCUCAUGCGCUUCUCUCGUCGCGCCCCUGUGAUGGAUUUCAUGUACGGUCCCCUGGAGAUCCAGCAAAAAACAAGAAAAUUUUCACAACGCCCCAAACUCGAAAAACACGAAUCUGACCGGAAGGAACCCGAACUUAUUGACAACAACGAUAUCGAACGAUCACAAGCCGAAAUGUCUGCAUUAAUCAAGAAGAUCAGUGACCUCUUGACAACCGAAGGCGCCCCCGAUGGGAUGAACCUGUUCCAGUUUUUUAUCAACCCUGAUUCGUUUUCCCAAUCAGUUGAAAAUCUGUUUUGCCUGAGCUUUCUGAUACGAGACGGUAAAGCGGCUAUCGAAACUUACGACGAUGAUGAAGUUGAACGAGAAUUUCCUAUUGUUUAUUCCACCGAGCCCGCUGGUGCUGAUAUGAUUCAAGAAGGAUUCACAAAAACCCAAAUCAUUUUAGAACUCACCAUGCAAGAUUGGAAAGAUGCCAUCGAUCUUUAUGGAAUUAAGAGAAGUGUGAUUCCUAAUCGGGUAGAUGAGCAACCUACUACCUCUAAAAGGAAGAGCGGAAAAUGGCACUAA